AUGAUUGACAGCCUGGUUUCUAUGGCAGAGAGCACAACAGAUGACGUGCUGAAGAAAGAGGGAUGGGACAUCCAGCUUGAGGUGGAUUCUGACCUUCACCUGCCGUUCCUCCUGCCUGAGGACGGCUAUACCUGUGACAGCAUGCAAGGCAUUCCACAUGGGUUCCGGGACUUCCUAGAGCCCAUCUGCCACAAAGGCUUCUGUUCUCUGAUGUUUCACCCCAUCUCUGCUGACGCUUGGAAAGUCUUUUUCAGUCGAACAGACUCUGUGUCCUCAGGCUCCACAAACUUGUGUUACAAGACUAACAGCUCUGGACUGAUGAAACCGGAGGUGGUGGUGAUUGCCUUGAAGAAACCAUUGCACCGUGGACUUGGCCUCAGCAUAGUAGCAGCCAAGGGAGCGGGACAGAAUAAGCUGGGAAUUUUCAUCAAGUCUGUUGUGAAGGGUGGAGCAGCACACGUGGAUGGCCGUCUGACAACAGGAGACCAGCUUCUCAGUGUGAAUGGACAGAGUCUAGUGGGGCUCUCCCAGGAGAAGGCAGCAGACAUCUUGUUGCACACCAGCUCUGCGGUGAACCUGGAGGUAGUGAAGUCAGCAGCAGUGUUCUUUGGGCUGGAGGAUGUGCUGAGCCAGCCACCUCCAGCCAUGACCAGAGGUGAAGCAGCAUCAGCUGAGAUGGAACUCAAUGGACUCAAAGGUGGAGAAUAGUAUUAGCCUGUGUGACAAUACAGUGGAUACCUUAUCUUUUUAUAUAUUCUUUUUUUAUUAUAAUAUUAUACCUUAUUAUGUUGAU